CACAUCCAACACUCGUAAUCGCAACUUUUGCUACCUACCCUUCUCUCUUCUCUUCUUAUAAUAAUUUAUCCCCAAAAGAAAAAGAAAAAAAAGGGUUAUAACACUAGUAGUAUCAAUCAAACCAACUCAAAAAUGUCUUCCUCCUCCGUUGUCGUCUCUCCGUCUCCGCUUCCUACCGUCGCGAAGCUUCAUGUAGAUUCCGUCACGUUUGCACCGUCCGUCAAGUCACCAGCCUCCUCCAAUCCACUCUUCCUCGGUGGCGCAGGUGUACGAGGCUUGGAUAUCCAAGGAAAAUUCAUCAUUUUCACCGUCAUUGGAGUAUACCUAGAUGCUAACGCCGUCCCAUCACUCUCCCUCAAGUGGAAGGGCAAAACCGCAGAGGAGUUAACUGAAUCUGUCCCCUUCUUCCGUGAAAUCGUCACAGGUGCGUUUGAGAAGUUUAUUAAGGUGACUAUGAAACUUCCGUUAACUGGACAGCAAUACUCGGAGAAAGUAACGGAGAAUUGUGUGGCUAUAUGGAAAUCUCUAGGGAUUUAUACGGAGUGUGAAGCCAAAGCUGUGGAGAAGUUCUUGGAGAUUUUCAAGGAAGAAACCUUCCCUCCGGGUGCAUCAAUCCUCUUUGCUCUCUCCCCACACGGCUCUCUUACGGUUGCGUUUUCUAAGGAUGAUAGUAUUCCUGAAACCGGGAAAGCUGUGAUCGAGAACAAACUGUUGGCGGAGGCUGUUCUGGAGUCCAUCAUCGGAAAGAACGGCGUUUCUCCGGGGACUAGAUUGAGCGUUGCCGAGAGAUUAGCUCAGCUGAUGAAGGAGAACAAGGUCGAAGAGGAAGAGAACUGAGAAUGAUAUAGAUUUCUCUUGAGUAUUUGGUGUUUUAUGUUUUUCUAUGUCGAAUCCUAAUGUUAUUUAGUUUCAAUUGGAUGUUUUCAACUGUUUUCAAGAAUAAGAAUAAUCCAAGAGUAUCAUGGAAUAGGAUGAAAACUGUAUUAUCAUUA